AUGAACUUGAAUAACGUGACUCGCGCCAUCGUGAUUCAGAAAAGAAAGAAGAUCGAAAAGGAGGAAGAUAGAGAGCAAGUGAAUCAUCUGACUUUUAUUAUCACGAUGAGGAAAAGAAAGAAGAUCGAGAAGGAAGUCGAUGAAGGAAAGAUCGAAAAGGAAGACGACCAAGAAAAGAAAGAAGAAUCGAAAAGGAAGACGACCAAGAAAAGAAAGAAGAUCGAAAAGGAAGACGACCAAGAAAAGAAAGAAGAUCAAAAACGAAAAGACAAAAGAUCGAAAAGGAAGAUGAUCAAAAAAAGAAGAACGAAAAGAAAGAAGAUCGAAAAGGAGGAAGAUGAUGAACAAGUGAAUCAUCUGACUUUAAUCAUCACGAUGCAUAAAAGAAAUAUCGAAAAGGAAGAGAAGAAGAAAAGGAACAAACGAUGA